CAAGAACGACAAGGAGGACAUCAAGAGGGAGAUUCAGAUUAUGCAGCAUAUGAGUGGGCAACCCAACAUUGUGGAGUUCAAAGGUUGUUACGAGGACAAGCAGUCUGUCCCUGUUUGUAUGGAGCUGGGGAGCUGCUUGAUAGGAUCAUUGCCAAGGGACAUUACAGUGAGAGGGCAGCUUCUUCGAUAUGCCGGGCGAUUGUUAAUGUUGUCCACAUCUGUCAUUUUAUGGGGGUGAUGCAUCGGGACCUGAAGCCGGAGAAUUUCUUGCUGUCUAGCAAGGAUGAGAAUGCCCUUCUCAAGGCUACAGAUUUCGGGUUGUCGGUCUUCAUUGAAGAAGUCUUGUCAGGAAAGGUGUAUCGUGAUAUAGUUGGGAGUGCUUACUAUGUUGCUCCUGAAGUAAUGCGAUGCAGAUAUGGGAAGGAAAUAGACAUAUGGAGCGCAGGAGUUAUAUUGUAUAUUUUACUAAGUGGAGUGCCUCCAUUUUGGGCAGAAACGGAGAAGGGGAUGUUUGAUGCCAUAUUGGAGGGAGAGAUUGACUUUUCAAGUGCACCAUUGCCAUCUAUAUCAACCAGUGCCAAGGACCUAGUCUGGAGGAUGCUAACACAGGACCCUAAAAAACGUAUCACUUCGACUCAGGUUCUAGAGCAUCAAUGGAUCAGAGACGGCGGAGAAGCUUCAGACAAACCCAUAGACAGUGCAGUGCUUUCUAGGAUGAAGCAGUUCAGAGAAAUGAACAAACUUAAAAAACUUGCAUUGAAGGUUAUUGCGGAAAAUCUUUCUGAAGAAGAAAUCCAUGGGCUGAAGGCAAUGUUUACAAACAUGGACAUCGACAACAGUGGAACCAUCACUUAUGAUGAACUCAAGUCAGGAUUGGGACUUGGCUGUAAGCUCACAGAGGCUGAAGUCAAGCAGCUAAUGGAAGCUGCUGAUGUGGAUGGGAGUAGAUGGAUUGACUACAUUAAAUUCAUCACUGCUACAACGCAUAAACACAGGCUAGAGAGGGGCGAACAUCUUUACGAAGCCUUUCAAUAUUUUGACAAAGAUAAUAGCGGUUUUAUCACAAGAGACGAGCUAGAAUCAGCAAUGAAAGAGUAUGGAAUGGACGACGAAGCUACAAUUAGGGAAAUAAUAUCCGAAGUUGAUAAAGAUAAUGAUGGUAGGAUCAGCUAUGAGGAGUUCUCCACAAUGAUGAGAAGUGGAAUGCAACCGCAGGCCAAGCUGUUCUAGAGCUUCCGUUAACAUUUCUCUGACUACUGCAAGCCAUAAGUUCCAGUUCUACACUGAAUGUGUAAAUUGAGGUGGACCGUGAGUCACACCAGUGGUAUUUCAUGCUUGCUGCCAAUUGCGUUCCGGAGUUAUUGAAGCUUUUUUUGUUUUUGUUUUUUUGGGUUGAACAAAUAUUGUCUACACUAAGGAAGAAAUAGUCGGCUUAGCCUCACAAUAGGCUAGCAAUUAUGUCGUUCAAAUUCGCCUUUGGCGAGAAUUGAACUUAAUAAAAUACCUCUCACUUACAAGUGAAGAAAAAUACUAUUGGACCAUAAUACUAACUGGCGGAGUUAUCAAAGCUUUUAGUUUGGAUAUGCAUAAAAAGUCUGCGUCUCUAUUGUGCCUUGUAUUUAUCCUUGGUCUUGUCUACGUUUUGGUAUGUCAAUAUGUUUUAGGAAAUCAAUGAAGAGCAAGCUAAUUAAUUUA